GCCGCCGGCCCAGCCUAGCGCUCCGCCCGCGGAGAGCGGCCCGUUCCGCCAAUCAGGCUGUCGGCGCGGCCCCGCCCCAGCCGCAGUGUCCCUGCCGGGGCUCCGUCCGUAGCCGGGUGGUUGUUGCGACUGAGGGGCUCGGGCGGCUUCGGCCUCUGUGGAGGUUCACACAGCUGUAAAGAAUGACGUCGAGAGGUGCUGGGACUGCCUUUUCCCGGAGGAACUACAGGCUGAGCACUGAGUCUGAGAAGCCUAAGCUCACAGGGAUAGUGAACAGCAAGCUGCUGAAUGACUAUCUGCACCGCAUUUUCCUCAGUGCUGAUGGGAUCCAGCCUGCAACUGCUUACAGGAAGCCACUGACAUUCCAGAACCUGCAGGAGCACCUAGACAAAUUGCUGGCCGAGGACAGUGGUGCAGAGGACAGUCGAGAUCAGGUAUUAGAGGGGCGACUUGGUCCCUCUACUGUGGUUUUGGACCACACCAGUGGUUUUGAGGGACUCCUCCUGGUUGAUGAUGACCUACUUGGGGUGAUUGGCCAUAGCAACUUUGGCUCCAUCAGGGCCACAACCUGUGUGUAUAAAGGGAAAUGGAUCUAUGAGGUGCUCAUCUCCUCCCAGGGGCUCAUGCAGAUUGGCUGGUGCACUCUCAACUGCAGGUUUAAUCAGGAGGAGGGGGUUGGAGACACUCCGGAUUCAUAUGCAUAUGAUGGGAACAGGGUGCGCAAGUGGAACGUCACCACCACCAACUACGGUAAAUCCUGGGCGGCAGGAGACAUCGUCAGCUGUCUGAUAGACCUGGAUGAGGGGACCAUUGCUUUCUGCCUGAAUGGUGUGUCUCUGGGAACAGCUUUCGAUAACAUCACCAGGGGAGCUGGCAUGGCGUACUUCCCCGCUAUCAGCCUCUCCUUCAAAGAAUCAGUCGCUUUUAACUUCGGCAGUCGCCCACUCCGUUAUCCGGUGGAGGGAUAUCGCCCCCUGCAGGACCCGCCCAGUGUGGACCUGGUGAAGGCUCACAAGCUGUUGGGCUACCUGAAGAAUGUUAUUCACAUUGGGAUAGACGUGUUGAGGCAGGGAGUGCUGCCCUCUCUCUCUCCAGCAUGCAUGCGUCUGAUGAUGGAGCUGCAGGCGGGAUUGGGGUUGCUCAGAGCCUUAUAUCUCCUGGGAUUGGUGUUGCAGGAGGGGAAGUUGGUGGAGAAGGACACAUCGAUGUGGCAGCUGCAAGGAGAGCCCACAGUCCUGAUCACCCUGGCACACAUCUUUAAUCACUUUGCUCCUCUCAUGUGCAAAGUGUACCUGGUAGAUGAUGUGCUCAUGAACUUCCUGCUGAGCAUUCUGGAGCAGGGAGGGGCUGUGGAAGCACAUCCUCUCAUCCAGCAGCUACUGGAUCUCAUGUGGCUUCUCAUGGAGGAUUAUGAGGUGCAUGAAUGCCUCAAGCAGCUGCUGAUGUCCCUGCUGCGGGCUUACAGAUUCUCUCCCAUCAUCCCAGACCUGGGCUUACAGAUUCACUACCUCCGGCUCACCAUUGCAGUCCUAAAGCACGAGAAGUCCAGGAAAUAUCUGCUCAACAAUGUCCUCUUCGACGUGCUCCGCUCGGUGGUGUUCUUCUACAUCAAGAGCCCCCUGCGUGUGGAGGAGGCUGGCCUGCAGGAGCUCAUCCCCACCACCUGGUGGCCAAACCGCUUCACCAAAGAGGGCAAAGAGAGCAAGGAGGUAAAGGAGGAGAGUGCUGAGGAGAGGCUGCGCCGGCGGGCGUACGACAGAGGCUGCCAGCGGCUCAAAAAACGCAUUGAAGUGGUGGAGGAACUCCAGGUUCAGAUGCUGAAGCUGCUUCUGAACAACAAAGACCGAGGAGGGGUGGAAGCCUCCAGAUACAUCUUCCUGAACAAAUUCCGCAAGUUCCUUCAGGAAAAUGCCAGCAACCGAGGGAACCUGACUGUACUGUGCCCGCCAGAAUACAUGGUCUGCUUCCUGCAUCGACUCAUCUCCACCUUGCGCUGCUACUGGGACGGGCACAAGGCCAAGGCUCCUGCAGCCCUGAGCAGUGAGGAGGCAUAUGUUCCUCCUCAGCUCUUCUAUAACGGGAAGGUGGAUUACUUUGACCUGCAGCGACUCGGUGGACUCCUGUCUCAUCUCAAGAAGACUCUGAAAGAUGACCUGGCUUUGAAAGCAAAUAUCCUGAUUGACCCUGCGGAGCUGCAGGCUGUGACCAUGGACGACCUGGACGAAGAUGAGGAGUCCGCAACCUCCACAGCCCAGCGCCCAGUUGCAGCACUGGCCAUUGGUGGUGCCCUUGCCAGGCCCAGUUGGCUCAGCUCACCCACCCUGGGCCGUGCCAACCGCUUCCUCAGUACAGCCGCUGUCAGCCUGAUGAACCCGCGGCGGCCCCUGGGCACCCUGGAGAAGAUGAAAGCACGCACGCUGAGUGUGGAGCAGCGGACAGAGGAUGACAUAGAAGGCAGCCAUGGAAAUGAGGGUCUGUUACUGGGGAGACCCCCUGAGGAGCCGGAGCAGUCAAUCACUGAGAACUCCCUUCUGGAGAUCCUGGAUGGAAUAGUGAUGAUGUACAACCUCAGCGUCCACCAGCAGCUUGGUAAGAUGGUGGGUGUGUCUGAUGAUGUGAACGAAUAUGCCUUGGCACUGAAGGACACAGAGGAGAAGAUUAGCCGAUGUCCAAAGAGGAGGAGGGACAUCUACGAGGAACUGGUGAAAAGCCAGAAGGUUUUCUCAGAGAAACUCAACCACCUGAGUCGCCGUCUAGCCUGGAUCAAUGUCACCAUCUACUCCAAGGAGAAGAUGCAGGACAUAUACUGGCUGCUGCGAGUGUGCAUCCGCACCAUUGAGCAUGGAGACAGGACGGGCUCACUCUUCGCCUUCAUGCCGGAGUUCUACCUCAGUGUGGCCAUGAACAGCUACAGCGCGCUGAAGAACUACUUCAGCCCUGUCCAUAGCAUGGAGGAGCUCCCCGGCUAUGAAGAGACUCUGACGCGUCUUGCUGCCAUCCUGGCCAAGCACUUUGCUGACUCCAGGAUCGUUGGCACUGACAUUCGGGACUCGCUGAUGCAGGCACUGGCCAGCUAUGUCUGCUACCCACACUCGCUGCAGGCCGUGGAGAGGAUCCCAGAGGAACAGCGAAUAUCCAUGAUGAGAAACCUCCUGGCUCCCUACGAGCAGCGGCCUUGGGCGCAGACCAACUGGAUCCUCGUUCGGCUGUGGCGGGGCUGUGGGUUUGGAUACAGGUACACGCGGCUCCCGCACCUGCUGAAAACCAAGCCCGAGGAUGCCAAUCUCCCCAGCCUGCAGAAGCCGUGCCCCUCCACCUUGCUGCAGCAGCAUAUGGCCGAUCUGUUGCGCAGUGACUGUGACAUGGCACCCAGCUUCCUCAACAGCGUUCUCAACCAGCUCAACUGGGCCUUCUCGGAGUUCAUUGGCAUGAUCCAGGAGAUCCAGCAGGCGGCAGAGCGCCUGGAGAGGAACUUUGUGGACAGCCGCCAGCUGAAGGUGUGCGCAACGUGCUUCGACCUGUCGGUAAGCCUGCUCAGAGUGCUGGAAAUGACCGUCACGCUGGCCCCCGAGAUUUUCCUCGACUGGAGCCGCCCCUCCUCGGAGCUGCUGCUCAGGAGACUUGCCCAGCUGUUGAACCAGGUGCUGAAUCGCGUGACAGCCGAGCGGAACCUGUUCGACAGAGUGGUCAACCUCCGGCUGCCAGGGCUAGAGAGCGUGGAUCAUUAUCCAAUCCUUGUGGCUGUGACAGGGAUUCUGGUCCGACUCCUCAUGGACAAUGACUUCCAAGGGGCCAAGCGGGCGACAGCUGUACUCCUGGCAGACCCCUGCUUCCAGCUCCGCUCCAUCCAGUACCUGCUGGGCCAUGCAGAGCCAUCAGCUCUGGCAGCCAUGCCUCCCUCUGCAGACAAGAGACAUUUCUCCCUGCACACCUCCCUUCCCUCCGCAGACACUGACUACAUCAGCCUGGAGGAGCUGGCCAAGGUGGAGCGGAUGCUGAGCCACCUGAGUGAAGAGUCAAAGCAGGCAGCUGCCUCCACGCUGCCAACCAGUGAGGAGGACCUGUGCCCCAUCUGCUACGCACACCCCAUCUCAGCUAUCUUCAGGCCAUGCUCCCACAAGUCCUGCAAAGCAUGCAUCAACCAGCACCUGAUGAACAACAAGGACUGCUUUUUCUGCAAGGCCACCAUCACAGGUGUGGACGACUUCAUCAAGCCGGUCAGCUCCUAGCAGGGGGCCUGGGCUGGUCCUGCAGGCUCCAGAGGCUUAUUUCCCUCAGCCUCCAGUAGGGGGUGGCCCAGCUUUGGUUAGUUGUGGGCCCUUCCAUGGCCCAGCCCCCUUGCUCAGGAGGGCGAGGGUCCCCAGCAGAUGGCAGAGGUGCUGUUCUUGCCCUGUCUGAGCCAAGGCUGGGCUUGGCUCAUUCAGCAGGUGUGGGAAGGCCUAAUGCAGUAAAGGCUGAGGGGCGCUGCCUUUCCCUGGUGAGGCUAAUGCCAGCAUGUCCUCACCGCCACAGCCUGCAGGAGCCUGGCUGCCCCCAGGGCCUGUCCUGCUGUGGUUGCCAUUUGCUAUGGAGCAUUUGUUCAUGUGUGAGCCUAUGUGCUGUGUUGAGCCACUGCCAGCUUCCCUUUGCUGGGGGUAAGGCAUGCUUUGGCCCCAGCUCUAGGUACCAGGUAGCCAGACUGGGGAGAGCUACUGCUUCUGUGCUAAGCUAGACAAAGAGCAGAGGCUGUUCACAGCUGGCUUGGUCUAGGCCUUGGACCUGGUGGCUGAGUUCUCUGCUGGGCUGUAAUUGGCUGGGGUCUGGCAGCCUGCAGUCCCCCAGCUUCAGCCUGGUGGGGGAGAAGUAGGUGGCACCUCAGCCUGCAGCGGCUGGAGGAUGUGCUAGCUGGCAGCAGGGUUGGGGAUCCCUGCUGGUUUGUGCAGGAGCUUUGGCUUGGGUCUCUGGGCCAUACUUGUGCUCUGCUGCAGGUGGGGUGGGACGGGACUAGCAGGGUGUGUGAUUUGUGACCAGCCUUGUGGGAUUGCUCAGUGCUGUGCAUCGGGUGCUGUGUUACCUGCCCCAGCCAGGAUCACUUCCCUGCAUGGGAGUAUUAAAUUAUUCUUCCUUA